GCAUUCCCAGCCUUGCCUCGGGUGUAGGGAUUGCAAGGGAAAAGCAAAACUACACGGUCUAGACCUUGUGUAGUUUUGUUUUUUGGGUUAUAACGGGGCCCAACCGUUCUCACCUUGGAUUUUCUGGAAACAUUUUGGAUAAGAGGAUUGUUGCUGAGGCACUAGCCACCUGGGCACAGUCCCAUCAAAUAUAGGCAGCCUUGUGAUACAAGGUGCCUUCCACCAUGUCAACACAAGCUCCAACAUUUACACAGCCGCUUCAGAGCGUUGUGGCACUUGAGGGUAGUGCUGCAACAUUCGAAGCUCAAGUUAGUGGUAAUCCAGUUCCAGAGGUGAGCUGGUUUCGUGAUGGCCAGGUUCUUACUGCUGCCGCUCUGCCCGGCGCUCAGAUCUCGUUCAGCGAUGGCCGCGCUGUUCUGAUGAUCCCCGCCGUGACAGCCGCACACAGUGGAAGAUUUUCUGUGAGAGCCACCAAUGGCGCUGGACAAGCCACUAGCACAGCUGAACUGCUGGUUACAGCGGAAACUGCGCCACCAAACAUCAUUCAAAGACUACAGAGUAUGACUGUGAGACAAGGGAGCCAAGUGAGACUGGAUGUUCGAGUUACAGGAAUCCCUGCACCUGUGGUGAAGUUCUACAGAGAGGGAGCUGAGAUUCAGAGCUCUGCUGACUUUCAGAUUGUUCAAGAUGGAGACCUUUACAGUUUGUUGAUUGCCGAGGCCUUCCCUGAAGAUUCUGGAACUUAUUCUGUCAGUGCUUCUAACAGCAGUGGGCGUACUACUUCUACAGCUGAACUUCUGGUUCAAGGUGAGGAGGUUGCAGUGCCUGCAAAGAAGACCAAGACUUUUGUUUCAACUUCUCAGAUUUCACAGACUCGCCAGGCUAGAGUUGAAAAGAGAAUGGAGGCCUCCUUUGAGUCCACAGCCAUGAUGGAAAUGGAAAUAGAGGAUGGUGAUUUGGCUCACAAGACACCACCUCGUGUGCCUCCAAAGCCGACUUCCAAGUCCCCAACCCCACCAACAGGGGUGUCAAAGGUUGCAGCUACGCGCCAUCAGUCACCCUCUCCUGUGAGGCCUGUUAAAGCCCCCAUUCACACACCUCACAGGCCUGCUUCCCCUUCAAGACUGUCUGUGUCCCCUAUCAGACCAGUGAAGUCUCCAAUGACUAUACACAAACAAGUCGCACAGGCUGCAGAUAUUCUGCCUCCUUGGAAGCAGGAGGGUUAUGUGGGAGAGUCCAGCUAUACCAGCAUGACUACUGGGGCUUCAUAUGUUCAGACCUCCUCCACAUUUGUCCAUAAGGAGCAGCAAUGGGAAGGUUCUUUUGCUAUGCAGCAACAAGCCAGUGGAGUCGCUGUCAAAGAAAUUGUUGAGACUGCAGCAAUCCCAUCCCUAACAAAAGAGCAAGUGAUGCCGCCAACUAUUGUGGCUGGUUUAAAGAAUGUGACUGUUACCGAAGGAGAGUCUGUGUCUCUGGAGUGCCAGAUUUCAGGCCACCCCACCCCAGCUAUUAUGUGGUUCAGAGAAGAUUACAGAAUCGAGAACUCCAUUGACUUCCAGAUCACUUAUGAAAGCAGCUAUGCCCGCUUGGUGAUCCGUGAGGCCUUUGCUGAAGACAGUGGCCGCUUCACUUGCACUGCUACCAGUGAGGCUGGAACUAUCAGCACCUCCUGCUACCUGCUUGUCAAAGUCUCAGAAGACAUUGAAAGCCGGGAGGAUUUCUCUACUGUUGCUGAACACAUUGAAAUGUCUGCUCAGGAAAGACAGGUUACAGUUGAAGCAAAAGAGGAGACAAUGUCUGAAAUAAGUGCAGUCUCUGAGCAUAUGGAAGCUGGAGCAGGUGUUGCCCCUUUCUUUGUGAAGAAACCCACAGUGCAGAAGCUUGUGGAGGGCGACAGCAUAAUCUUUGAUUGCCAGGUUGGAGGAAGCCCCAAGCCUCAUAUUUACUGGAAGAAAAGUGGAAUUCCACUUACUACUGGAUACAGGUACAGAGUAGCCUAUAAUAAGGACACAGGAGCAUGCAAGCUUGAGAUCUCCAUGACAUUUGCUGAUGAUGCAGGAGAGUACACCAUCUUUGCUAGGAACCCACUUGGAGAGAUCUCUGCAUCAGCCAUGCUGCUUGAUGAAGAGGCAUAUGAGCUGUAUGUGAAGAAACAAGAAGAGACAUUCAAGACAGAAGUAACUACUAUUAUAGAGGAGCCAAAAGUGGCUGACAUACCUGCUGUUGUUGAGACUGUAACUGAGAAAGAGCAGAUGCUCAUACAAAGGAGGAUGGCUCAACAAACCCAGAUGAUGCAGUCCUUCAUUUCAGAGCAGGAGUUCCAAAUAUCUAACUUGGAGCAGAGAUUCAUCCAAGAAAUUGAGUUCCACCUACUCAAGAUUACCUACCAGGAGUUGGUGACUGAGGAUGGGGAGCAGUUGGAUAUGAGUGUUUCUGAACAUGAUGCUAUUUCUCCUGUCUUUAAUACUCCAGUUAAAAGUUACAGACUCAGGGAGGGAAUGAGUGCAACUUUCCAUUGCAGAAUGACAGGAACCCCUCUCCCUAAGAUAACCUGGUACAAAGAUGGCAAGCGCAUCAUACAUGGAGGCCGUUAUCAGAUAGAGGUUCUGCUGGAUGGUAGAGCCAGUCUACGUCUUCCUACGGUGCUGGCAGAAGAUGAGGGUGUCUACACUGCUUUGAUCAGUAACAUAAAGGGUAAUGCUGUCAGCUCUGGAAAGAUGUAUGUGGAGCCAACUGGUGUAACACAAACAACGCUUCCUCAGCCAGGAGGAGUUCAAAGAAUUAGGUCCACAUCACCACGCUCCACAAGUCGUUCUCCAGGUCGAUCACCUUCCCGAAGACUUGAUGAGACAGAUGAGGCCCAGCUAGAAAGACUCUACAAGCCUGUGUUUGUACAGAAGCCCUCUUCCUUUAAGUGCUCUGAGGGACAGACUGCAAGAUUUGAUCUGAAAGUUGUUGGAAGACCCAUGCCUGAAACUUACUGGUUCCACAAUGGACAACAGGUAGUCAAUGACUACACCCACAAGAUUGUGGUAAAGGAGGAUGGAACUCAAUCAAUGAUUGUGGUUCCUGCCAUGCCUCAGGACUCUGGAGAGUGGACGGUUAUUGCUCAGAACAGAGCUGGAAAAACAACUGUAUCUAUGACUCUCACUGUUGAAGCCAAGGAAAACUUGGUGAGACCACAGUUUGUUGAGAAGCUAAGAAACAUCAGCGUUAAAGAGGGUACUUUGGUUGAGCUAGCUGUUAAAGCUAUUGGCAACCCCCUUCCUGACAUUGUUUGGCUGAAGAACAGUGACAUAAUCUCCCCACAUAAACACCCACAUAUCAGGAUUGAGGGGGGUAAAGGAGAAGCUCAUUUCAAGAUUCCAUCAAGUACAGGAUCUGAUAGCGCAUGGUACACUGCUACAGCUAUCAACAAAGCUGGCAGAGAUACCACACGUUGCAGAGUUAAUAUUGAGGUGGAUGCAGUACGGCCUCAGCCUGAGAAAAAGCUUGUAAUUCCCAAGGGAACCUACAAGGCCAAAGAAAUUGCUGCACCAGAGUUAGAGCCACUGCAUCUUCGCUAUGGUCAGGAACAAUGGGAAGAUGGUGACCUCUAUGAUAAGGAGAAGCAACAGAAGCCUCACUUCAAAAAGAAGCUUACCUCAGUCAGGCUGAAGCGAUUUGGACCUGCACACUUUGAGUGCAGACUGACCCCUAUUGGUGACCCGACCAUGAAUGUUGAGUGGCUGCAUGAUGGCAAACCAUUGGAAGCUGCUAACAGACUACGCAUGGUCAAUGAGUUUGGCUACUGCAGUCUUGACUAUGAAGCUGCUUAUUCCAGAGAUAGUGGUGUCAUUACAUGCAGAGCCACCAACAAGUUUGGAGUUGACCAGACAUCUGCUACACUAAUUGUUAAAGAUGAGAAAAGCCUUGUUGAGGAAACACAGUUGCCAGAGGGAAGGCGAGGUCAAAUAAUAGAUGAAAUAGAGCGUAUUGCCCAUGAGGGUGGCCCCUCUGGAGUUAGUGGAGAUGAUAACUUUGAGAAGACUAAGCCAGAGAUUGUGCUACUUCCAGAGCCAGUAAGAGUUAUGGAGGGAGAAUCAGCCAAAUUCCGCUGUAGGGUGACAGGCUACCCUACCCCAAAAGUCAACUGGUACCUCAAUGGACUGCUCAUCCGCAAGAGUAAAAGAUUUAGAAUUCAGUUUGAUGGUAUUCACUACUUGGAAAUCGUAGACACCAAGUCAUAUGAUUCAGGUGAUGUCAAAGUUGUGGCUGAAAACCCUGAAGGUGUUACCGAGCAUCUUGUGAAAUUUGAGAUUCAGCAAAAGGAGGACUUCAGGUCAAUCCUGCGCCGUGCUCCUGAGAUCAAGGCUCCUGCUCCUGCACCAUCACAAGAGCAUGGUAGAGUCUCAUUUGAGGUUGUCAAAGCAGAGAAACCAUCUGUAACCUCUAAAGAACCAAAGGAGGUGGUCAAGCUGAGGAAAACCGAGAGAGUGUUCCAUGAGAAAUCAACAGAAGAAACAGAAGAACUGAGAAGCAAAUUCAAGCGUAGGACCCAGGAAGGCUACUAUGAAGCAAUAACUGCCGUAGAUCUGAAGUCCCGCAAGAAGGAUGAGUCUUAUGAGGGUAUGCUAAAGAAGAGGAAAGAAGAGCUUCUUCAUCGCAACAAAGAACUAGGGCUUGAAGCUGAGAAGAAAAAAGAAGAGGAGGGUAAACUCACCAUUCCCAAAGUCAAGCCAGAUAAAAUUGUGCUCUCUCCAAGCAUGGAGGCUCCAAAGAUCAUCGAACGGAUCCAGAGCCAGACAGUUGCCCUGGGAGAUGAAGUACACUUCCGUUGUAGAGUCACCGGUAAACCAGAUCCAGAAUGUCAGUGGUUCAAGAAUGGUAUCUUGUUGGAGAAGUCAGACCGGGUUUACUGGUAUUGGCCAGAAGACCAUGUGUGUGAAUUAGUGAUAAAAAAUGUCUUAGCUGAGGACUCAGCAAGUGUAAUGGUCAAAGCCAUGAACAUUGCUGGAGAGACCUCAAGCCAUGCUUUCCUGCUGGUUCAAGGCAAACAAGUUGUCUCUUUUACACAACUUCUAGAAGAUCAGAAUGCUAAAGAAAAGGACACCAUGAUGACCUUUGAAUGUGAGACGAAUGAGCCAUUUGUUAAGGUCAAGUGGAUGAAGAACAAUGCAGAAAUUUUCUCAGGUGACAAAUACAGAAUGCACUCUGACAGAAAGGUGCACUUCCUGUCAGUGCUGAUUAUUUCUAUGAAGGACGAAGCCGAGUACAGUUGUGUGGUUGUUGACGAUGACCACAUAAGAACCAGCGCCUCACUUUAUGUUGAAGGUGCACCACUUGGAAUUGUAAAGAACCUUGAGAAUACAGAAGUACCUGAGACAUACUCUGGAGAGUUUGAGUGUAUCUUGUCCCGUGAGGAUGCUGAAGGCACCUGGUAUUUUGAGAACAAAGAAAUCACUCCUAGCCUUAAAUAUGUUGUGUCUGCACGUCGUGGUCGUCAUAGUCUUUCUGUGAAAGAUGUUAAGAAGCAGGACCAAGGAAAAUACACUUUCAAAGUGGGAGAUCUUAAGACAAGUGCCUCCCUUAAGAUGACAGUGCGUCCUGUGACUCUGAUGCAAGGUCUUUCUGACCUGACAAUCUGUGAGGGUGAUAUUGCCCAACUUGAGGUGCGAUUCUCUCAGGAGAAUGUGGAGGGCUCAUGGAUGAUGAAUGGUCAAGCCAUCUCUGCUUCCAAUAAGAUUCACAUGGUCAUUGACAAAGUCACCCAUAAGCUUCUCAUUGAGGACGCCAGUAAGGGUGAUGCAGGAAUGUACUCCUUUGUUGUUCCUGUUCAGGACAUUUCUACAAAGGGAAAGCUAACAGUUCAAACUAUUGGCUUCUUGACACCAUUAAAAGACGUUUCCACAGUAGAAGGCACUAAAGCUGUCCUUGAGGCUAAAAUCUCGGCUCCUGAUAUAACUUCAGUAAAAUGGUUCCAAAAUGACAAGCUGGUGACAGCAAGUGAUAGAGUCCAGAUGGUUGUCAAAGGAUCCAAACAGAGACUGGCAAUUAACAGGACCUAUGCAUCAGAUGAAGGACAAUAUAAACUGAUUGCUGGCAAAGUAGACUCAACCUGUAAACUUUCUAUCCAGCCUGUAUCUAUUGUUAAGCACAUGGAGGACUGCGUUUGCACAGAGACCCAGAAUGUCACCUUUAAAGUGGAGGUAUCUCAUCCUGGCAUUGAUGCUCUCUGGACUUUCAAGGGUCAACCUUUAAAAGCAGGUCCAAAGUACAAGAUUGAGGGCAAAGGUACACACUAUAGCCUCACUGUUUUGAAUGCCAUGAAGGAUGAGGAAGGAGAGUACAUGUUUAUGGCUGGUGAGAAGGAAUCUAGAGCAAGGCUUAUUGUAUCAGGUGGUGCUAUAAACAGGCCACUCCAUGAUGUGACUGUAGCAGAAUCCCAAACUGCUGAGCUGGAGUGUGAAGUUGCUAACCCUACUACAGAAGGCAAAUGGCUCAAAGAUGGCCACCCUGUUGACUUCAGCGAUAAUAUCAUAAGUGAAAAUAACGGCGCUGUUAGACGCCUUGUCAUCGGCAUCACCAGGCCACAGGAUGUUGGAGAGUACACCUACCAGGUGGCAAACUCCAAGACAUCUGGCAACUUGAAGGUUGAAGCUGUUAAAAUCAGGAAGACAAUGAAGAACCAAACCGUUACUGAGACCCAGGAGGCAGUAUUCAGUCUUGAACUCACCCAUUUAGAUGUGAAAGGAUCCCAGUGGAUCAAGAAUGGUGUUGAGAUUCAUCCAAGUGAUAAAUUUGAGAUAACAGUUGAUGGCAUGGUUCACACCUUGAAAAUCAAGAACUGCAACUCCCAAGAUGAAUCAGUCUAUGGUUUCAAACUUGGAAAACUGUCUGCUAAUGCCAGACUAAAUGUUGAAACUAUCAAAAUUGUGAAAAAACCAAAGGAUGUGACAUCACUGCUGGGGGCAACUGCCUCAUUUGAGCUGAGUUUGUCCCAUGAUGACAUUCCAGUUAAGUGGAUGUUCAACAACCAGGAGCUCGAGCCGACUUCAAAUAUUCAAAUACUGUCUGAGCGGAAAGCCCACAAACUUGUCAUUCAGAGUGUUGAAGGUCACUUGGCAGGAGAAUACAUUGCUGUGGUCGGGCAUCUGCACUGCAGUGCUCAUCUUCAUGUUGAAUAUUUGAGAGUCACAAAACCUCUGAAGAACAUUGAGGUUCCAGAAACCCAUGUGGCCACGUUCGAGUGUGAAGUUUCACAUUUCAAUGUUCCAUCCACCUGGCUGAAAAAUGGAGUUGAGAUUGAGAUGAGCGAGAAGUUUGGACUUGUGGUGCAGGGCAAACUUCAUCAGCUGAAAGUCAUGAAUGCCAGCCAGGAGGACAUUUCAGAAUACACAUUUGUGUGUGGAAAUGACAAAGUCUCUGCUACCCUGACUGUAAAACCAAUUCUGAUCACAUCCAUGCUUCAGGACAUCAAUGCUAAAGAAAAAGACACUGUUACAUUUGAGGUGACCGUCAACUAUGAAGGCAUCACCUACAAAUGGCUGAAGAAUGAAGUAGAAAUAAGAUCCAGUGAUAGAUGCCAAACUCGCUGCAAACAGUUCACCCACUCUCUCACUAUCCGAAAUGUUCACUUCGGGGAUGGUGGAGAGUACAAGUUUGUGGCUGGAUCUGCUGAAACAUCUGCAAAACUCUUUGUUGAUGCUCGUGUGAUUGAAUUCACCAAGCACAUUAAAGAUAUAAAGGUAACUGAGAAGAAGAAGACUAUAUUUGAAUGUGAGCUCUCUGAACCCAACAUCCCUGUGAUGUGGAUGAAGGAUGGGCAGGAGUUUGAGUUGUCUGACAGGUUCAAAGCCACCACUGACAAAUUCCUGCAGCGUUUGAUGAUCCAGUCAGUUCGCAUGUCUGAUGCCGGAGAGUUCUCUGUGGUUGCUGGUGCAAGUGUUUCCAAGGCAAACCUCAUAGUGGAGGGCAAGGAUGUCCGCAUCUCUGAGCCUGCUGAGAAGGACAUCACUGUGGUUGAGAAACAGAGGGCUACAUUUGAGUUUGAAGUUAAUGAGGAUGAAAUUGAAGGUCGCUGGCUGAAAAAUGGUGUUGAAAUUCAAUCUUUUGAGGAGCGCUUUAACUAUGUGACAGUUAGAAAGACACAUCGCUUGACAAUCACUGAGACUUACAGAAGUGAUGCUGGAGAAUAUACAUUUAUAGCAGGAAAGAACAGGAGCACAGUCAAUCUACAUGUCCAGAGUGAGUGUACAGUUCCGAUAUCUAUAAAUAUAUUUAAAUAAAUGUUCAGUUUAUUUUGCUUACAAAUUUUACACUGCCAUUCAAAA